CUUCCGGGACCCAGGCUCCGCCCCCCAUCCCAGCGGGGCCGGGGCGGAUCCUGCUGCAGCUCCUGGGGCCGAGGCAGCUCCGAGGCUUCUCCCAGCUGCCCUUCUCACCCUGCCAGGGCUGCAGAAUGACAUCCAUGUUUUUCUCCAGCUCAUCCCAUCGCCCCCUGACACAGGAAAGAGAAAUGGCUGCAAUGGAGCCAGCUCAGGGGCCGGUAACCUUCGAGGAGGUGGCUGUAUAUUUCACCAGUGAAGAGUGGGCUCUGCUGGAUCCCACUCAGAGAGCCCUCUACUGGGAUGUCAUGCAGGAGAACUAUGAGAAUGUGACCUCACUGGACAGGGAACAAAGGGUACAGAAUUCUCAGCAGGGAAAUGUUGAGCAAGUGGCUAAACACAGAGAAUUAUCGCAAAGAUCGAAAAGGAAUGUGUCCAGGAGUCAUGAGCAGGGAAAAUCCUGUGAGAUUCAGCACAGACCAGAAAGAGAGCAAGGAAACCAGCCAGGGGAGAAAAUGGGUAAAUUUAUUUCCUGUCGGGGAACUCAGAAGAGCGUCAAGGAAACAACAACACAGCAGGAAAUCCUCAUGGGAAAGAGGAAAGAUACAUGCACUGAGUGUGGAAAAACCUUCAGUUGCAGCUCAUCCCUUUCUGUUCAUCAGAGAAUCCACACAGGGGAGAGGCCCUAUGGAUGCUGUCAGUGUGGGAAAACAUUCACUUUCAGAUCAAAUCUUGUUCAUCAUAUGAGAAUCCACACAGGGAAGAGGCCCUAUAAAUGCAGUGAGUGUGGGAAAAGCUUUAUUACCAGCUCAGACCUUUCUAAACAUCAGAGAAUCCACACAGGGGAGAGGCCCUUUGAAUGCAGUGAGUGUGGGAAAACCUUCGCUUUCAGAUCAGUCCUUUCUAAACAUCAGAGAAUCCACACAGGGAAGAGGCCCUAUAAAUGUAGUGAGUGUGGGAAAAGUUUUAUUACUAGCUCAGUCCUUUCGCAACAUCAGAGAAUCCACACAGGGGAGAGGCCCUAUGAAUGCCGUGAGUGUGGAAAAAGCUUCUCUAGCAGCUCAGCCCUUUCUCACCAUCAGAGAAUCCACACAGGGGAGAGGCCCUAUAAAUGCAGUGAAUGUGGGAAAAGCUUCACUCAGAGCUCUCAACUUACUGAGCAUCAGAGAAUCCACACAGGGGAGAGGCCCUUUGAGUGCAGUGAUUGUGGGAAAACCUUCACUUACAGAUCAGUCCUUUCUAAACAUCAGAGAAUCCACACAGGGGAGAGGCCCUAUAAAUGCCAUGAGUGUGGGGAAAGCUUCACUCGCAGCUCUCACCUUAGUGGGCAUCAGAGAAUCCACACAGGGGAGAGGCCCUAUAAAUGCGGUAAGUGUGGGAAAACCUUCAUUCACCGCCAGGAACUUAUUAGCCAUCAGAGAAUCCACACAGGUAUGAGACCCAAUGGAAGCAGUGAGUGUGGGAAAACCUUGUCUUGCCACUGAGCCCAUGUGAGCCAUCAGAGAAUCUGCAAGGGGGAUCAACACCAUAAAACCCUCUAGGGCUAUCAAUACUUGAAUAGUUUCCUGAUUGCCACAUAGUAACUUUUAAAAGCUGUUUGAAGCACCAUUAUCCCUCAGCUUGUCCAGAUGAGUGAGUGGCCCAUUUUUGCAUUUUGCAGUUUGACCUCUUUGAGGAGGACUCACUUGUCCUUUCUAUCAACUCCAUUCUCCCGUGAGUAAUUCUAGUGUACCCUUCCUAUCAGGAACCAGGGAGCAUCACAUUUAUACCAUUCCUCCUAUUGCAAAGUUAUUGUUAGAGUCACCAGUGAUACGGAUUGUAUCAUGGCCAAUUGUUCUCAUGUUGUGCUGAAGAGCAGUUAUAAUGGGAACUUUUCAUAUUGCAUUUAAAUGAAGAGGAAUGGGGGCAGGAAAAAAGUGUCAUUUCAGCCUUUGUGAUACUGGAAGGAGAUGUAAAAAGCGACAAAGAGUCCUGCAUCACCUUAUAGACUAAAAUAUGUAUUAGAGCAUAAGCAAUAUACAAA